AUGUCAUUGGUAUACUUCAGUUUGAGGGCUUUUAAGGAGGGAUUUCUCCUCGGGGAAAUCAAAGCUGAAGCAAAAAACAGUAUAACUGAUUCCCAAUUGGAUGAUAUUGAGGUGGUGCACACCAUAGAUAUACAGAAACAUAUUCCAUGUUACUGGCUAUUCAGUUUUUAUAAUUCUGCUGGUGAAGUGGAUGAAAGAGCAUUGCAGAAAAUACUAUUAAAUCAGGAAAAGAAUGUAAUUGGUUGGUAUAAAUUCAGACGUAACACAAAUCAGACCAUGACAUUCCGAGAACGUCUCCUUCACAGGACCCUUCAGAAGCAUCUGAAAAACCAACAGCUGGUGUUCUUUCUCUUUACUAGCAAGUUAAGCAGAGAGAAUGGCUCCACACACAGUCUGGAAUAUACACUGUAUAAACCCCAGGGAAGUUUUAUUGAGCGAAUACCUGUAUCCGUUACCAAUCUAGGAAUGUCUGAACAACAAGACUAUAAAACGUUUUCUGGACCAAGUAGUGCAGGAGGCUAUAGUCGCGCAAUGAAGAAACACAGACUUGUGUUUUUUGAUCAAGAAGGCUCUUUAAAAGAGGUUCAGAGAAUUAAAGGAAUAUAUGGUACACUGCAGGAAGAAUUGAAGACCACUUGUUUAAAGGUAGAAGAAAGUGAACGCUCAGUGGAAUGUUUGCUAAGUGAUGUGCAACGACUCAGGAAAAUGGUAUCUGAGAAGAAAAGGCUGUGCACACUGAUUCCAGGAGAGAGACAGAAUCAUGACUUGGUAGAAAAGAACAUACACUUGUGUCAGGCUUUGAAGAAAGCUUUCCCAAACUCAAAACUUUUACAGUCUGUGUCAAUUACCAGAGAUGGUCAAGUAGUGCCGGUCCAGUGUCACAAUGAAGAUAAUAGGGUGAACGUAAAGGACACUUUCACUCGGGUCUCAGCCAAAAGUAUCCAUACGUCAUCCUCAGAAAGGGCUAAUGCUUCUGGGAUUACGUGUAAACGGAAGGCAAAAAACUGUCUUAAUCGCCUAAGUCGGGGUAAGAAACGGAGGACAGUCUGGCCAAAGCUCAGGAGAUCAGCAAGUAAAGACAGUGAGGACAGUGAAAAUGAUUUGGUGAACAGACUGACUGGAUCAGAGAAUGAAGGGGAUGUGCUGGAUCAGUACAGCAAUGAUUUAGCGCCUUCAGCUUCACCAACAUUCUGAACUUUCCAGACACUUGGACCUGAAAUGCAAUAAAGCAAUUCCCACUUGUGAAAUGCAAAGUGCCAAAUCUUUUUCCGUACAUAUACUGAAAAGGAUGUUCGCGUUUCUUCAGAUGGAAAGCAUGUUGCAACUUAGAGAGGAGGAAAGUAUUUUGCUUUUUUUAAAAAUCGUGGUGAUUUAACCUUGUUUGAGACAUCCGAUAGCUAUACUGAAGGCCUAAAUGAUUUUAAUAUUUUUGCAGAAUCAAUGCACCUAUGGUGAGGUUAAAACAUGGUUUAGAAUACCGUUGUUUCACUUUUUGUGCCUGGAAUUAAAUUUCUCUUCUCUUCUGCCCUUAGACUUUGAAAAGCAGUUGUUUUCUGCUUUUUUUUUAAACUCUUUCCUCGACUUUGACAUCCAGCUUUCAUACUGUGCACUCCAGGUCACUCGAUAAACUUCUCUCAAUAAAUGCCUAAAAUGGAGCCUCUUAUCGAGUGGUCAUCUAAGACGAGUAGGUAGUUUCUUCAAGUUUGAAACAUUGGUUGGGGGAGAUGCAGCAAGGGUGAAACCAUUGUUCUGUUAAAUAGUAAGUAAGCACGAGUCAAAACUAAACUACAGAUUGUAAGGUAAAUAAAUGCAAACCUAGGUUUUUUUAAGUUUGUAGGGUCAGAUAUGCAAAGUCAUACUUUAGAAAAAAAAUUACUAUCUCAUGCACAUCUACAAACAACCCAAGCUCAGGCUAAUUUUCAAGUGUAAAACAGAUUUGAUGCUGACUUGACAACUCUGUUGAAGCCUAUAGCAAUGGCUGCUGUUGGAAACCGAUGUUCAAAAUUGAGGUUUAGAUAUUGCGGAUACAAGUGAAGCUCACUGCUGAUGAAUCCCAAAGUGCUUCAUGAGGGUAAUCGGACAAAACUUAUCAGCCAAAGAACAUGGUCAGACAGCUGACCAUAAGCUGAAUGAAAGAAGUAACUUUUAAAAGAGUAAGACAAUGGUAAAGAUAUAUAGGAAGAGGAUUCCCGAGCUAGGCCUAGAUUAGAUAUAUCUCGCUGUAUUUUGGAAAUAAAGUGGGUUUAAGAAGGUGUAGAAUUGGAGGAAGACCGGUUUCAGGAUUGUAGUGUUGGAGGAGAUUGGGUGGGUGAGAAUUUAACAAAUGCUUUGCUGGGCCAAGAGUCACUGCACAUCAGGUGCACGAUUAUGGAGUUGUAUUUUUGAUGGAGAGCAUUUGGGGUCAGAAGUUCAGGUUCAGAUAGAAUGGAGAGGUUAUGAACAGUUUGGUUCAGCCUGAAGCAUUCGCAAAAGCUGGGAAGAAAUCAAUAGGUAGAGAGCACAUUUUCUUACAAUGACCAAAAGUUAUGACUUCAGUCUUCAAUUUGAGGAAAUUUGGCUAAUCAGGAUUGGUUGUCAGCACAGAGUGGCGCAUUGAAAGCUGGUGAGGUAGUGCUGGUUACUCCCAGUAUAUAUGUGCAGUAUGACAUGUUUUUGAUGUUAUUAAGGUAUGUAGAGCACUAAUCAUCUGACUACAGACUGUUACUGUCCUGCUUAACAGUUACGGAGAAAGAAUAGAAAAGAACAAAUAAAGGACUGACAUUUAUUAAGGAAGCAAUGGUGGUAUUGCUGUAGAGCUGGCUAUAUCUUUAAAAUUGUGUGUGGUCAUAGACUUUAAUGGCCUAAUUUCAAACUGUAGUAAUAAAAUGGAACAGUGUAUUAGAACAUGAUAUAGGUUGGACAAACUGCUCUCGACAAUACAUGUAAUAAUAGCAGCUUCAGUACUCCAUCAAUGUCCCAGCAACAAUAGCAGAUCUCAGUUCCACAGACCAUUGACAGAGUGAGGACAUCUCUUAUGACUGCACCCAUUGCUGCUUUAAAAGCUGAAAGAUACAAAUGUUAAGAUGCAGUCAUAGAUGAUUGCCUCAAUGGAGAAGUUUUGUCGGCAAGUUCUGAGAGGUCAGAGAUGGUCACUUCUGUAUUUAUUUAGAUAACUGAGUAUCAGCUGGAGGGACUCUCCAGCGCAAUGUGCUAGCAUCAGUGAGGCUUGAGCAAAAGAAGUUAUGGUUCAUCCUAGACAGAUAGAUAGUGCUUUAUCACCCAUUUUCUAGAUAUGAGGGGCACUUAAUUACAGAAAAUUGAGCCACUUAAGUUUUGUUCUGCAUUCUAUUAGAUCAUGCUGGUCCAUACUCAAUUUGUGUGCCUGUGAUUUAACAUUUAACACCCAUACUUAAUGAUCUCUCUUUCUCAGUUUUGGCAUUGUUGACUGAGCAUCCAGUCUUUUGUGUGGGAGAGAAUUCCAAAUUUUGUCAGCCUGAUUUUCAAAUGUACUAGCCCUGCAAGGCUGCAGCAUCACUUCACUUUGGAAUUCAAACCCUUGAGAUCAAUGAUUGAAAUUAAAAUCCCACUGCCACUUUUAAUUAAAAAGUAGCGCACAAGUACAAAAAGUAUUGUGUAUGUAGACUUCUAAAUUCCUUUGCACCUUUUUGCACUGUUUCAAAAACAUGACAAUUUAUCAUCCUUGAUCCUAGGUGGAUGGCCUUACAAUUUCCAUUUGAUCGACAGCUUCCAAAGUUUUUUCCCCUUCCUCCUCCCAUCUACACAAUACCUGUGUUGGCUGACUGUGUUAUCAACAAACCUGUUUGUAUAGCUCAGUAUUCCUUUAUUCAAGUCACUCAUGUUUGUGGUGAAAAUUAAGGACUGUCUACACGUCCCUGGGCAACAUCAUGUGCCAUCCCAGUGAAUUAAGUGCCAGAAGAAGUCAAUCACAUAAAAUGUGGCCGCAAAUCAAAUUCAUGUCACUAUUCUAUCAAAUGAAUGAUGAUGUGACCAGCAUAGCACGUUCAUGUACACUAUCUGUGCAUGCCCUGAAUACAACCACUUUGGGAAACAGCCUGUGCUGUUGACUGUUGUAACUAGCAUCAAUGGUCUUUUAAAUUCUAAUUUGGUCACUAAGUUUGUGCAGAAACCUUCAAAAGAUGUUCGUAUUACCACUACUGAGCAUUGUUGUGUUGGUGGAAUCCUAAACAAAUUCCCUCACCAAAAUUCCUGAAGGUCUGGUUGUUACCAGAUGAUAGGAAUAUACCAUAAUUGAUCCCCAACUGCAGAAAAGUUAAGCCCACCUGUAUUUUUGUGUAUUUUCUUCAUGCCAGGUUAAUAUCAACCCCAGCCCCAUCUCCAUAGUUACCCCGAUCCUGAAGUGUGGAGCUGCAAGUGUACAUAACCAUGUCAUCAAUAUUCCCUUGUGUAAUACUGUUGAAAAUGUACCACUGUAUCAAGUAAAGCCAGUGUGUAAUUUUUCCCCUUUACAAAAAAAUAAACAUUUAUACUUUAGAUGUUA